AUGGCCGCACGAACAGCGACCCGUCGUUUGCUCCGCGAGUUUGAGAGCUGGCAGGCCGACCAGGAAGAGUUUCUCGCCGCCCGCCAGGCCGCCACCGAUGCCAUUACUGCCGCCGACGCGUCGGGCACCGAGGCGGACAUUGCGGCCGCCAAAGAGGCCGGGCUCGCCCUCGAAGAAAACAACCCGGACCGCGGCAUUGAGCGCCUCGGCCCGGCCGCCGACGGCGACGACCUGUUUGCGUGGGAGGCCGUCGUCAACGGCCGCGGCGGCGUCGGCGGCGGCUACGACAAUGGCCGCUGGCUCUUGACGAUCCAGCUGCCGGCGGGCUACCCGAACCAGCCGCCUGUGGUGACGUUUGUGACGCCCAUUCAGCACGCCAAUGUGCACCCGACGACGGGCGCUGUCUGCUUGGAUCUGCUGCAGUCGGCGUGGACGCCGGCGCUCACCGUGGUGUCGUGCAUCCGCGCGGUGCGGAUGCUGCUGAGCACACCGGGGACGGACAGCCCGUUGAACAUUGACCUGGCGGCGCUGCUGCGGGCAGGGGACACGGUGGCGGCGGCGCGGCUGGUGGCACUGUGGUGCGAAGAGCACCGGUACGAGGGUAUAUAA